AUUAUAGCUGACAAUUAAAAAAUAUAAUUAGUAAAGUUCGAAAGAUGAUAAGUCAAAUAGUUGACAUGCUUUUCGUCCGUUCAUAAUUACAGCAAGUCGUAUGUAGUUUUUCGUCUACUAUACAGUGAUUUUAUCAAACUUUAUUGGCAAUCUGAGAGCCCAUAUAAAAUAAUAUUAUCUUUGGAAUAAUGACACGUGAAAAAUAAAAAAAGAAAUCAAACUGCACUGGAACAGUAAGAAGAUUGAAUCUUCUAUUCCGAAAUAAUGAAUGCGAGUUCUACAGAAACAGGAAUAGAUUUUUAUAAAAAAGUUGCUGCGCAGACUCCAGCCUGGUUUCAUUACGUAACUGGUAUCAUAUUACUUAUAACAAACAUAGGAUCUGUAGUAACGAAUGGAUCCGUUCUUAUUGUACUACUCGUAAAAAGCCGAAAGCUGUUGAUCCGAACUAACCUAUAUAUCGCAGCCAUAUGCCUCAAGUCGUUCUUGAUGUCAGCUUUUGGUGUUCCAAUGGUGGUCGUGUCGUGUUUCAAUAAAUGGUGGUUUUUCGGUGAAGCCGGAUGCAAGUUCUACGCUUUUCUGAUGUCAUAUGGCGGAUUAGCUAAUAUGUUACUUUUGUGUAUGAUUUCCGUCGAGAGAUACAUUUAUGUGGUAAGACAUGGACUUUCACAACAUUCAUCUUCGACGUUCAGUAUCGUUUCCAUUACUGUAUCAUGUGCUAUUGCUUUUGGUUUUGCCGUUGGUCCAAUCGCCGGAUGGAACCAGUACACGUACGAAGGCGUGGGAACGUCAUGCGCAAUGGACUUAAUCGGAGAAGAAUACAAUGGCCGAUCGUUUAUGAUAGCAUUACUAGUCAUCUUUUUUGUCCUACCUGUUAUUAUAAUGACAUUUAACUACGGAUCAGUGUAUGCUAAGGUAAUAAAAGAAUCCAAACCUCAUUUAAGAUCCAGCAAUAACCAACAAUUAAUGAAGAAAAUAAAGAAGUUGACGAUGGAAAAAGAAUUGGCGAUUACCGUUGUCAUAAUUAUAGGUUUUUUCCUGUUGUGUUAUUCACCCUACGCAAUCUUGCUUCUGUGGAAACUAGCCGACAAAGACAGCGACAUUGAUCCUAUGUUAAUGGCCGUUCCUGCCAUGGUGACAAAAAUCGGUGGAAUGUUAACACCAUUUGUUUAUUUGGGACGUAAUAAAACUAUUCGGUCUAAAGUCUUAGAUUUGUACGCAUGCUGCAAAUUAAGUUAUACAGUUUCACCAGAGAUUGAUGACGAAGAACCACCUGAAAACCAAAAACUACAGUCAAAAUCACGCAAACUUAAAGCCAUAAUUAAAAAUCUAACAAGUACAGAAAUUAAAUACAAGUCGGAAGAAAACACAGAAGGUCACCUAGUGUCAAAGGUUAAUCCGAGUGGUAAAUGUCAAUCACUUGCAAGUAUACAAAGCAAUGAGGCACUAGAAGUGACGUCAUCAAAUAGACAUUCAGAGUUUAAUAUAAAACAGUAUACAACAGUAUAACCAGCCAUAGAACUGAAACUUUAGCAUAGACUGGAAGCUUGGCUAAAAAUAGGAUUAUAUAGAAAUGGAGAAUGUCGUCAAAGCGAGUUGAAUACCAGUGUUUUUAGUAUUUAGAUGAAUACCAAUGUCUAAUUCACAAAUAAUAGUAGAUUGGCUUGCGUUAUAGAUUUUAAGUGCUGACGUAUUAUAUCUUUUUAUUUACUUUGCAGGUAUUCAUUUAUUAGUCUGUGUGCUAUCAUGUUCCCCCUUGGUCGUAUGGAAUUGUAUUUUGAUUUCGAAUUUGAUUCGGAAAAUGUGCAUCCAGCCAUUCGGAUUUUAGCCUUGGGUGUUCCUGGUGAUGCAUGCGCAAUUAGGACGGAAGAUGUCUAUUCAGUGUUGUUUUCAUUGUGUUAACCCUUAUAUUUAUAUUAAAUUAACUUUUAUUUAUAUAGCUUAUACUUUUUAUGAAAGUGUAUACAAGAAUGAAGUUUUUUUGACUGUUUGUACUAUCAACUACCAUAAUGUUAGUUUGCGUCUGUAUCAGAUUUUAAAACUAUUAAUAACUUUUUCGUUGGUGUCGUUGACAUAUUUAUUUAUUUAUUUGUAUGUAUGUACUUUUGUUUGAUUUGUUUAGUCAGUUAUGUUGGAUGUCUGUGAUUGGUGCCAAUUAUUGAUGUACUAAGUUUUUAAUAAGUGAAGUCAUAAAAUAGAUCAAACUUGAAGUCAGAAGAGCAUUAGUUUAGAAACAACAUAAGCUAUAAAUAUUAAAUGGUAAUACAGCUUUUUUUUUUAGAUAAUU